AUGGUGAGGUGGUCCGACGAGGUAGCAUCAGAGAUCCUAUGGUGGAACGACCCAAGGAAGAAGACAACAGCAUUUGGCUUGUUUGAGUCGACCUCUAGUUUGUCUGUGGUAGCCUCCAGAUGUUUGGUGCGUCAGUCAUCAGGUGGUCUGAUAGCUGAACGAGAAUGGAGAAGGAAGAUGUAUGAAUGCCGACGAACAAAAAAGGAAGGGACAGAGAAAGAUGCAAUGAUAAGAAAGUUUCAUCACGACGGACCAUACACGUAUAAAGAUCAUCAUGAAUUCCACGAUAGUUCAGUCAUACCGACGCAUCUUCCUUGGAUGUUAAGAUUUGACCAAGAACAUACGCCAUUUGCUGUUUUGAGCCCCAAUCCACUUUGA